UUAAUUAGAGAUAACUUACCAGAGUAUAAGCAAUACUAUUGGGGCAUUCCAGAUAGCCCAAUAGAUUGGUGCGAGCUCAAUUAUGAGGUGUCACCAUAUAUUUGCGAGUUCUAUAAUACUUUCUCCAGCUUUAUGAUCUCUGCCUUUGCGAUCUAUGGCAUCAUCCUGCUGACCUACCCAUACGGACACCGCCUGCAGCAACACAUCCGCCUGGUCAGGACGACCGGCAUCUUUGACAAGGUGGUUGUGGCCUACCUGGCGCUGUCGACCGUCGGCAUCGGCUCGGCCUUCUACCACGCCACCCUCCUGUACAAACACCAGCUCUUUGACGAGUUCCCCAUGAUCAUCUCCAUCUCCUGCCUGCUCUACUGCCUGUUCACCAUCGACCCCGUCGACAAGAGCGACUCGAAGCACUACAAAUUGUUCCGCUUCCUGCUGCCCUACCUGUUGACCGUGUACUUUGUGAUCGUGGCCUCCACCAUCUACGUGAUCCGCAACCUGCCCACCAUCCUCCAGGUGUCGUUCGGCGCCCUGGUCAUGAUCCUGGUGUUUGUCAGUGGCCACAUGAGCUACAACAUGCCCACACCAAUCGCCCAGUCCAACCCAAAGAAGUUCCUGGCCUACGCCGGUGCAUCGAUGAUCACCGCGUACGGCUCGUGGCUGGUGGAGCGCAAGCUCUGCCAGGACGGCUACGUCAUCCCGGGUCUGCAGCUGCAUGCCAUCUGGCAUUGUCUCACCGGUCUGGCCGGAUUCUUCUGGAUGCAGUUCUAUGUCACUCUCUCACUGGAGAAGAACAACUACAAGACAAAGAUUCACUACAACUGGUUUGGAAUUGGUUCCGUCAGAGGUUAUGUCAAA